AACUAGCCUGAGAAAAUACAUUUCCAAAUUUGUAGACGUGGUGUGGAGUAGUAGUUAUGUAGGACUUCUUGAAAUAUUAGUAGCCUAUAAUGAUUCUAAUAGGCCUACUAUCAUACAGCCUAAUUUAAUUAGACUAAUAUCUAGAUGCUAAUUGGCACAUUAGUCAUAUUUUUGUCAUAGAAUCGCUCCCUUCUAUAAAAAACAUCCACUUGUACACCCAACCCGACAUGGACGUGUAACUUGAGUUAUCACUUCCCGUCCGACCAGUGGUGAGGGAAGAGGUCGGGAGUCUGUGAGACGCAGCGAGUGGCUUGGGUUUCCGACUCGACUCACGGGUCUACGCCGAGGGAUUAGUUACCUCAGGCCGACGUUACUCUGACGCUGACAGAAGUAUCAGUUGUCGACACCAGUUUCUGUCAGCUCGCUUCUCCACUUGAGUCAACAUGGUGUCUGCGUCUGGCAAUGGGAUGCAAGGAACAUUCUCACCUUCAAACAGAAUCUUGGAGUUGGCCUGCCACAAAUGUUCCAAAACAGUUUUUGUUACAACACCUUGUGAGAAGCUCACCUGGGGAAACCAGGAGCCGAUAUGGCCUAUCUGUCGCUCUUCACUGACCGCGCUUCCUUCCAGAAGAACACAACGCUUGGCCCGGCCGAAGAGAGAUCUCACAGCAGGGGGCCCCGACUACAACAGAAGAGAGGAAGGGAGCUUCUGGAGGAAGACUCCCCCACUAUGUCCUUCCUCCAAGAGGUCCCAGGCUGAGCUGGUCACCCGUCUGUCAGCCCGUCGCCCGCGGCUCAACACCUCCGAGGAGCCAGGCACACUUUACGGCCACACCCCGGAAUGCGGGCCCACCUGUCCUGUGUGGCACGUGGACCUCCGGAUCAGAAACCCCAAACUGUCCCCCCGCCUCCUGGAACUCUCCAGGCCCAAGACCAGCCACCUUCACGUCCAGAGCAAGAGGCAGCUGGGGGCCCCAAACGCACAGGUCUGGGAGAAGGGGACCCCAGAGACCUCCAGAGCACGGACCAAGUCCCCCCGGCUGGAGCAUCUGUCUCUGCCCCGGCUGAGGCGCAGCCAGGUCUGCUACCAGCCAGGCCCACCCGAGGAGCCCAUCCGCACGGUUUCCAUGGCAGCACGGAGGGCUAAAGCUUCCCCUCGCAUCGAGCGGCUGGCGACGCCCAAGCAACUCUCUGACGGGUACGCCCCCCCUCCAUGAACACCCCUGGAGUCCAGAUACCCGGCCUGACCCCCACGUACACAAACCUAGCCCCAAGGCUACAUGUCAAGUAGCUGAUUAGUAAACCAAAAUACAGUGUUUGUUAUGCUGAGGCAAUGUUUUUUUUUGUCUUUGGGUUUGAUAAUUAUCUUUCUGGUCACUUAUAUUGAUUAUCUGUGAACUGCAGACCGAAGCAAUACAAAUGAUUCCUGUUCCUGUUCGAAAGAUAGUUUUCAAGCAUUAAGCUUCUACCGGGAGUAAACCGGAUAUGUAGCAAGCACUUAGUCUCUAGCCAUAUAAACGGGGUUCCCCGCACUCAAACGGCCGCUAUAUAACAAUUAGGGCUUUUAAAAUUAGUGUGCGAUAUUAACGCGGUAACGCAAUCUUAGUUUAAUUUGAUUUAUAAAAAUGUAUGCGUUAAUGCACAUUC